GUUUCUUUCACUAUGGAAGACGGACAGAUUGAGGAGAAUAUUUUCUCCUAUUCUUACGACCCUUGUUACGAAUGGCAGGGCAAUGAUGACAGCCAGUCUUCUGGUCCUUCCAGACAGAAUGCUCGGCCACGAGCGGUAGUACGGUUCGUAGUCCUGCGAAGCGCAAUCCUACCAAAGAAACAGACUGUGGCCGUAGUGGAUGGAUAUACGCAAGUUGAAUUUGGGCGCGACGUGCCCCCCGCAGGCAGUGAGACUCCUCGUAUUCGGCUGAAAGAAAUGGAAGUCUCUAAAUAUCACGCAAACGCUUAUUGGGAUGCUCAGGGCCAGAACUGGGCUAUAGUCGACAUGGGGUCUAAGCAUGGUACCUUCCUGAAAUCAUCAUCUUCUGCCGCGUCUUCAUCCUUUGUCAUCGACGGGGAGAGAGGCACCAGGCUGUCUUCGCCUCGUGUUGCAAGCAUGCCCAGAUCACUGCACCAUCUCGAUCAGCUGACCAUAGGGAGUACGACGUUCCUUAUCCAUCUACACGAAGAUGGACUGCCAUGCCCCGACUGCGCUCUGACUGACCGCGAGGAAGUUCCUCUCUUUGACGUGCGCAGGAAACGCAAGAGGGAAGAAGAAGCUGCGAUAAGUGGCUCGCAGCCUGGGCAAGGAGGCGUUCAAAAAGAUCCCAAGAAAGCUCUGUCGGUCCUGAAACGCAGCCUGUUACGGAGACACGAGGAAUCUGUACCUUCGUCGCGUUCUUCCACCCCGUCCUCUUCGUACGUAGACCGAUCCGCUCGUCGCCGAGCGCUACAUCCCUCCUCUGCACCUGACACGCCCGGGGUACCACUAACAGCACCUAUCGCGCCGCCGCCUGCGACAUUGCAGUCUGCCUCAGGGGAUCGGUCCUUACCACCAGGCCCUCGUCCGGAACCUGUCUCGGCUCCUCCAACACCCGUCCCAAGCAGUAAUGUGGGACAUAAGUUACUCCUGAAGCAGGGCUGGCAACCGGGUACUUCUCUGGGACAGCAUGAUUCGGAUAGGAUGGCCCUAGUCGAACCUCUCGAGCUCGCUGCAAGUAAAAACCGAGCUGGACUAGGCAUGCGC